AUGUGGAUCGACUCGGCGCACCUCGACGAGACAACGCUCGCGUCGGACCGGCUAGCCUACGACGAGGCGUGGUCCAAGCUGCGGCGCGCAGACGGCGUGCUGGUGCCGGGAGGCUUCGGGAUCCGCGCCGUGGAGGGAAAGAUGCUCGCUGCAAACUACGCGCGCGAGAACGGCGUGCCUUACCUCGGCAUCUGCCUCGGCUUCCAGAUCGCCGUCAUCGAGUUUGCGCGGUCGGUGCUCGGCGUCAAGACUGCCCACUCGGCGGAGUUCGACGAGAAGUGCGCCACGCCGCUCAUCAUCUUCAUGCCCGAAGGCAGCCGCACUCAGAUGGGUGGGACGAUGCGGCUCGGCGCGAGGAAGACAAUGCUCCGCUCGCCAAAGUGCCUCACCGCGCAGCUAUUAGGCGCCACCGCCUUCGACGAGCGCCACCGCCACCGGUACGAGGUCAACCCGGCCUACGUGCAGCAGCUCGAGGCGGCCGGCCCAGCAUACCGCCCGAGACCAAGCCGAGUUUGUCCGGGACUAGGCGAGCGGAUGGAGGUCUUCGAGCUACAGGGCCACCCCUUCUUCGUCGGCUGCCAGUUCCACCCCGAGUUCAAGUCGCGGCCGAUGAAGCCGUCGCCGCUCUUCCUCGGCCUCCUCCGCGCCGCCUCCAAAGCCGCCACGGCCAAGCAGCCCUAG